AAAAAUUAUGUAGAAGUCCCGUGUCUUCGUCUGCUCCCAGCUCCCACUCUGCUGUCACAAUCACAGAUUCACAGCCUCAGUCUACUCUAGCGUUUCGACUUUCGAUCGAGCUUAUGGACUUAUCGAUUGAAACAAGUUGCUAUCUUGUUGAUCUGCCAGCCACGUAGAGCCACUACAAUCAAACAAAAGCAUUUGACUCUUUGACUCUUUGACUCUUUGUUGAUCAUAGCCUUUCUUAUUUAAUAAGUGAGUGUUCCUUUCACAAACCCAUUAGAAUUAUAUAUAUGUUAAGGAGACAUAUUAAAUCCAUUAGACAUUAAUGUCUGCUGCUAGUUAGUAACUAAUAAUAAUGUAUAAUUAGUUGUAGUUGCGUUAUGUAUGAAAUGUACAUAUAUAUAUAUAUAUAAUUCUAAUUGUGGUAUCUAUAUAAUACUAUAGGUAUUGAAUAUCCCGUAUGCUUGUUUUUGAUGCAUGAUGUCAUGAAGAUUACUGAUUUUCUUUAUCAGUCAUUGCAAAAAAAAGCCAUAGACAUCUUGAAUGCUCUCAAUUUUCUUUCAAUAACAAAAUCAAAACUUCAAGAUAUGAGAGAAGAUGGUUGGGAUGAUUUGAUUAUGAGGGUUGAAACAUUUUGUUGUGAGCAUGAUAUUAUUAUGCCAGAUAUGUCUGCUCCUUAUAAGAAAAGUUUAAGGGCUUGUGAACAAAAUAUUACAAAUGAGCAUUAUUAUCGGGUCAAUAUACUUAAUGCUGUGAUAGACUUUCAAUUGGCAGAGUUGGAUAGUAGAUUUACAGAUAAUUCGUUGGAGCUCCUUAUUCUUAGUGCUACAUUUGAUCCACGCGAUAAUUUUCGAUCAUUUAAAUGUGAAGAUGUUUGCAAUCUUGCUUUGAGGUUUUAUCCUCAAGAUUUUACAUCAUAUGAUAUGCUUGCUCUAGAUAUGGAGUGUGGGUAUUUUCUAGCAGAUAUUCAGAAGGAUCCAAGAUUUGCCAACACAACUACUGUGUCUGAUUUGUGUCGGCGGUUGGUUGAAUCAAGAAAGUCAGCAUUCUUUCCUAUGAUUUAUAGAUUGAUUUGUCUUGUGCUGACUCUGCCAGUUUCUACAGCAACAACAGAGAGAGCAUUUUCAUCUAUGACCAUCAUAAAAAACAAACUUCGAAAUAAGAUGGAAGAUGAGUUUUUUGAUGAUUUGAUGGUUCUCUACAUCGAAAAAGAAUUUGCCGAUAGCAUUGAUAAUGAUUCUGUGAUUGCUGAGUUUGAACUCAGUGGGUCUAGGAGGGUACAAUUUAGUUAGUUUAUUGUUAUUUUACAACAAAUGUAUGCUUAUUUUACAAGCAGUUUUUAAUUUACGGGGUUUGGUUUUAUGUCACCUCCGUUGUAUGUUUUGAUCUAAAAUAAUAAAGGCGUGAGGAUGAGCCUCCCACUAGGUUCCAAACCUCAAAAAAAAAAAAUUAUUGUGCCCUUCUAAUUAGCCUAGACAGGAAUUUGAUCCUGGUUCCGCCACUGUUAUAAACUAUACCCUAGCCUAGAGUUAACUCGUAAGAUCCGGUUUAAGAGUAUUUUACAUGUUGUGAGAUCGAGUUUGCGAUAUAGAAAUCUCCUUAUUUAGUGAGGUGUUCUUUUUGUGGCAAAGUUUGCUAUCCAAUUGAAUGAGAUCAAGAACAGCUAAUUAAGUCAGGAUUAUGUCUUGUGUUAGUGACUUGGUGUGAUUUAGCAUACCAUUUUCUGCUAUAAUACAUACUAAUAAGACAAUGCACAAAAUGGAACACUCUCUGAUUAGAUCUGUUUUCAUAUUUUAAGCCUCUCAUAAUGACAUGAUCUACAACAAAACCAACAUAAUGUGCUUGUAAAAGCAUAGUUGUACAAGAAUUAUGGGUUUUCAUUAUGGAAGUGAAAUAAUAUAUAUCAGACAUAUAAUUAGUGAUGCAUGUGCAUUGCAACUAUGGAGGACAGAAAU